AUGGUCAACGAGGCCGUACCGCCCAUGGCUUCCUCUGGGCUGGACCGCCCGAUCGGCAUGGGCGGGCAUUUUAUGAACAUCUUCCGCGACGACGAGUGGUUGAACUGGCGCAUGGUGCCUUUCAUUUUGAUCUGGGCUGCCUUUGCGGUUGUGUUAGUGGUCUGGCUGUUCAUGUACUUUUUCGUGCCCGAACCGCGAAAGCCCCGCCCCUCAGAGAAGACGUACACAACGGUGGAUAAGACGGGGGAUGUCACGGACCCGGAGCCUCUACCCUGCUGGUACGACGACCUCCUACGACGAUAUUACAGGGCGAGGCAAGACCGGCCAGACCGGACCAUGGACAUGGAGAAGGACUUUGAGCCCGAGCCGGCGGAGGUGUUUCUCACGCUGGUUAUCCCGGCGUUCAACGAAGAAGACAGACUAUCAGGCAUGUUGGAGGAGGCUGUGAAUUUUCUACAAAUCGAGUACGGUGGGGGCCGCGACUCGUCAAGCUCGACGGCCAUGCAGGACAUACCCGAACACUCUCCUGCCAAAGCAGACAUUGACGCAGCCGGCGCGCGACACAGGAAGCAGGCCAACGGCGUCGCCUCAAAUUCAAACUCGGCACACCUCGCCGGGUGGGAAAUCCUGCUCAUCGACGACGGCAGUACAGACCACACGCUGCUCACCGCGCAGACGUUUGCCCGCGCGCAUAUCCUGCCUCCCCACCCACGGCGUGACUCGGGCCCCUGGACGCACCGCUCCCCACAGGGGGUGAAGAUCCCGCCAGGCUCGAUCCGCAUGGUCUCGCUAGAAGAAAACCGCGGCAAAGGCGGGGCCGUGACGCACGGCAUGCGCCACGCGCGCGGGCAGUACGUGCUGUUCGCGGACGCGGACGGCGCGUCCAAGUUCUCGGACCUCACCAAGCUGCUGGCGGCGUGCCGUGGGAUCGAGGACGCCAAGGGGCGAGGCAUCGCGGUCGGGUCGCGCGCUCAUCUCGUCGGGUCCGAGGCCGUGGUCAAGCGCUCCCGGCUGCGCAACUUUCUGAUGCACGCGUUCCAUCUCCUCCUCUGGCUGCUCACGCCGCCGGCGACGGCGCGCAUCAAGGACACGCAGUGCGGGUUCAAGCUGUUCUCGCGGCCGACGUUGCCCUUCAUCAUCCCGCACAUGCACAUGGAGGGGUGGAUCUUUGACGUCGAGAUGCUCAUGCUGGCCGAGAGUGCCGGCAUCCCUGUGGCGGAGGUGCCGGUCGGGUGGAGAGAAGUGGUGGGCAGUAAGUUGAACGUGGUCAAGGAUUCGAUCGGCAUGGCGUGGGGGUUGGCCAUACUGCGCAUUUGCUGGGGGACGGGGAUUUAUCGACGGUAG